AUGAAUGUAUUGUUUCAGGUGUUGGUGACUUUCACGGAUGUGACUGUGAAUUUCACCCAUGAGGAAUGGAGUCUUUUAAACCCUGCACAAAGAGGCCUUUACAAGGAUGUGAUGCUAGAGAAUUAUGAGAACGUAGUCUCACUGGGGUUUCCAGUGUGUGAACCUGAUGUAAUAUCCUAUUUGGAGCAAGGGGAAGAGGCAUGGGUCUUGGACAUGCAAGAAGCUGAGGAGAAAGAGAUCAUGAGAGGAGACUGCUCAGAUUGUGAGACCAGGACUGAGAAUAAGGAUCUGUUGCUAAAGCAGGAAAUUUCUGAAGUGGAAUCCCAGAAUAUGAUACCGGAAAGACUCGUGGGGGAUAUUCCCCAUGGACCCAAAUUUAGAGAAGCCUGUGAAUCUGAUGACAGGUCAAAGGAUGGUGUGCAGCCUUCUACAGAACAUGGGCCAAAGAUCCAUACAGAAUUCAACCUAAUUAUACAUCAGAAAAACCAUACAGAAGAGAAAUCCUAUAAACCUAGAAAAUACAGAAAAUCAUUAAGGCAGAAUUCAACCUAUGUUAAACGUCAGAGAAAGCGUACAGAAAAAGUUUAUAAAUGUAAUGAAUGUGGGAAAGCCUUCAAACAGAGUUCAAGCCUCAUUAGACACCAGAGGAUUCACACAGGAGAAAAACCCUAUGAAUGUAAUGAAUGUGGGAAAACAUUCAUUGCAUCCUCAAACCUUAUUCAGCAUCAGAGGGUUCAUACUGGAGAAAAACCAUAUGAGUGUAAUGAUUGUGGGAAAGCCUUCAGCCAGGGGUCAAGCCUAAUUCGCCAUCAGAGAAUUCACACUGGAGAAAAACCAUAUGAGUGUAGUGAAUGUGGGAAAGCUUUUAAUGUCUCCUCAAACCUAAUUCAACAUCAAAAAAUUCACACUGGAGAGAAACCCUAUUCAUGUAAGGAAUGUGGAAAAACUUUCAUCCUAAAUUCUUACCUUAUUAAUCAUCAGAGAGUUCACAGUGGAGACAAAUCCUUUGAGUGUAAUGAAUGUGGGAAAGCCUUCAGUGAUCGCACAUCUCUUAUUUACCACCAGAGAAUUCAUACUGGGGAGAAACCCUAUGAGUGUAACAAAUGUGGGAAAGCCUUUAGUCUGAGUUCAGGCCUCAUUAAACAUUUAAGAAUUCAUACAGGAGAAAAACCUUAUGAGUGUUAUGAAUGUGGGAAAAUCUUCAGGGCAUAUUCAAAUCUUAUUCAACAUCAGAGAAUUCACACAGGAGAGAAACCUUAUGAAUGUAAAGAAUGUGGAAAGACUUUCAUUCUGAGCUCAUACCUCAUUAGACAUCAGAAAAUUCAUAGUGGACAAAAACCCUUUCUGUGUAAGGAAUGUGGGAAAACCUUUAGUCAGAGCUCUAACCUUAUUGAUCAUCAGAGGACACACACUGGAGAAAAACCCUAUAAAUGUAAUGAGUGUGGAAAAGCCUUCAGUUUGAGUUCAAACCUUAUUAAGCAUCAGAGAAUUCAUACUGGUGAAAAACCUUAUGAAUGCAAUGAAUGUGGGAAAGCCUUCAGUGAAAGUUCUAACCUUAUUAAACACCAGAGAAUUCACACUGUAGAAAAACCCUAUGAAUGUAAAGAAUGUGGGAAAGCUUUCAGUCAGAGCUCACACCUUAUCAGACACCAGAGGAUUCAUACCGAAGAGCUGCGAUAUGAGUGUAAAGAAUGUUAUAAACUCUUCUAUGCACGGUCAUCUUUUAUUCAACAUCAAAAAGUUCAUACUGGAUGGAAGCCCUAUGAGUGUAAUGAAUGUGGGAAAACUUUCAACCAGAACUCUAACCUCAUUAAGCACCAGAGAAUUCACACUGGUGAGAAACCAUAUGAAUGUAAUGAAUGUGGGAGGUCUUUUAGUGUCCAUUCAUCUUUUAUUCGACAUCUUAAAAUUCACACUGGUGAGAAACCCUAUGAGUGUAAUGAAUGUGGAAAAACAUUCAACCAAAACUCUAAUCUUACUAAACAUCAGAGAAUUCAUACUGGUGAAAAACCCUAUGAGUGUAAUGAAUGUGGGAAAACCUUCAACCAGAAUUCUAAUCUUACUAAACAUCAGAGAACUCACAUUGCACAGAAAUCAUAUCAUUGUAAUGGUUGUGGAAAAGCCUUCAGUAUGCAUUCAUCAUUUCUUCAGCACCAGAGAAUGCAUAAUGAAGAUCCUAAUGAGCAAAAUGAAUAUGAAAAACUCUUUGAGUGUAAUGAAUGUGGGGAAGCCUUCAGCCAAAGUGGAAACCUUAUAAGACAUCAGAGAUUUCAUACUGGUGAGAGGCCCUUUAAGUGUAAUGACUGUGGAAAAGCCUUCAGUCUGAGUUCUAAUCUUAUUAAACACCAAAAAAUUCACACUGGAGUAAAACCUUAUGAAUGUAACGAAUGUGGAAAAACCUUCAGUGAGAGCUCUAAUCUCAUUAAACAUCAGAGAAUUCACACUGGGGAAAAACUAUGAUUAUAAUUCUCAUGGAUUGCUCAAAACAUUCACCAUCAUAAAAUUCAUGCUAGAGAACAUGAAUAUAAUGAAAUUGGGAAAGCCUUCUAAGCUUUUAUUCAACACUUAUUGAGCUCUAAAGUAGCCAUACUGGAGAUAAACUCUGUAGUAAAACUGCCAAUUCCAGACCUAUUUCUGCUAAUUCAGCUCGCAAGGAUAUUUUGUUGACUUCUUAGUGAGCUCCCCCUGCAAUAUGUAUUCUUCAUGUGUGCCUUUUCCCCAAAUGAAUGAAAAGUGGUUUGGUGCUAGAAUCUUUAUGAAUUUAAUAAGAUCACAAGAUUUAGAGCUGGGAGGGACCCUUAGAAAUCACAUAGUUUAACCCUUUAAUUUUACAGAAGUGAUGACUGAGGGAUAGAGAAAUUUAUAGCCUGCCUAGGGCCCUACAGGAGGAAAAUAGUGAAGCCAGGAUUCAAACCUAUGUCCUAUGACUCCAAAUUUCAAUUUUUAAAAUAACUUUCAAAAAAGAAUUUUUUUUUAUAAUUGACUAUUAUACUACACCACAUCUUUAUUAUAAAAAAGUAUAAAGAACAAGUGUGACUAAAACAAGGAACCUUAGUACCUUUUAAACACUGAAUUUCAAGAUAUCUUAAUAUGAUUUUCCAAAGUUAUAUUUUAAAAUACAAUAAUAACUGACAGUUUUAUAAAUCUUUAAGGUUUGUAAAAU